AUGUCGCCUGCCGUGAAGAACAACACCGCUGAGCCCAACUUGGACAUCAGCUUCCAAGACUACCUCAUCCUCUCGAAACUCGUUUUCGACUGGGCAGACAGCUAUGAUGCUAAGGACUGGGACCGCCUGCGCAGCAUCAUUGCUCCAACCCUGAAGGUCGACUACACCGAGGUCGGUCUGACAAAAUGGGACAGCAUGGCCGCCGAUGAGUACAUGGCUAUGGUUACCCACUCCGGUUUCCUUGGUGACAAAACCAUCAAGACUCAGCAUCUGCUUGGUCAGACAUGGUGGGAGAAGAUAUCCGACACUGAGGUUAUCGGUCACCAUCAGCUGCGCGCGGCCCACCAGGUCUAUGAGACUGAAGAAUUGAAGACUGUCAAGCUGCGCGGCCACGGCCAUGCUACGAAUGAGCACUACUACCGGAAGGUCAAUGGCGUCUGGAAAUUUGCUGGGCUGAAGCCAACUGUGCGCUGGAAUGAGUUGCGCUUUGAUGAGGUUUUCAAGGGUCUUGACUAG